AUGACCGAUGCAGCCGUCUCAUUCCGCCUCAUUUUGGCCCCCUCUGCACGCUUGGAGACGGAUAUGAUACUAGUAGUCUGCGUCUGCUCGGCUGAAAAAUCUGGCUACUUCGAAGGCGCAGUGCGGAUCAUGGACAACCGACAAAAUCGCCGUGAUAGGACGAAAAGUAACCAGUACGUUUCUCCAUGUCCAGCUUUCAUCACCGACGGGAGCUCUCAUAGGCUGGCGCACAUCAGAGCUGACGCCGAGCCUUUCCUAUCACUUGCACAAUUGGCAUUGCUUCAGGGAGAUGGUAUUUCAAGGCAUAUUGCUUCAGCGAGGCCGGGAAGAGCGAUUGGCGCACCAAACAGCGAUAUGGCUACUGGCCACUGCAACCAUAUUGCCAUGCCAUCAUGCAGAGCAUCGGAGGGACAGAGCAUAGACAAGCUCGCAGCUUGGGGGUGGUAUCCUGUCGCCAAAUCACCCAAAACAGCUUCCGUAGGCCCUACAGGGCUCAAGGAACUCGUCUAUGCAACCAUAUCUGAGACGCCGGCGUCAGGCAAGGCCUGA